AUGAUGUCCUUCGGGGGCUCCACUGAUCCCUGCGCGCUCUGCAGCCUCUACAGCAUCGGCAAAAUCGGAGGGCAGCAGAACAAGACUUACACCAAGCUCCUGUGUGAUCUGAUGUCCAAGCACCUGCAUGUAUCUGCAGACAGGGUCUACAUCAACUACUUUGACAUGAAUGCUGCCAAUGCCCAGGCCCGGCAGCGCAGGAGGCAGCAGGAGGGAGGGGAAGGGGCGUCCGGAGGAGCCGGGCCCGGGGAACAACCCGAGGCAGGAAAGAGAAAGAGGGAGAGUGAAGAGCAGUGCGGUGCGCGGGGCCAGAAGAAGCCAAGGAAGCAGCGAGAGACUCGCAGCCCUGCUGGAGAGGGGCCGGGUGCUGCGGAGGCAGCAGGGGGCGGCACCGCCGCGGCGGGAAAGAAGGAAAACGGGAGAAAAUCGCGAGUGCGGCAAGAGAGGAGUGAAGCAGAGUCUGAAGAAGACAUCACACCACAGGACAACAGGAGUAACCUUAGCAAUAAACCUGCUAAAAGGAAGAAGAGGGAUGAGGAAACCAGGAGAACUGAAACAGGGGAGGAAGAGAAUNNGGAAAGAGCUGAAGGAGAUCAAAGCACCAAGGAGGAGCUGACCGUAGCAGCCUCAGAGGAAGAGGCAAAACCUCCACCCUCCAGUUUUGAGGUUCUUGGGGACUAUGACAUAAAGCCAGUGCAGAAGGUUCAGCCCUUCUUACCACACUGGAUUGCCCAACCCAAACUGGUGCAGAAACGGAUCAAGGACAACCUGGUUCCAAUUGGAGAUGUCCCAGGAAUUCAUCCCCGGCUGCUGAAAAAGCUGCAAAUGAACGGGAUCGAGUCCUUCUUUCCAGUUCAGGCACAGGUGAUUCCUGCUAUCCUCCAGAGUGCAGCCAGUGGGUACCUGGUGGGGCAGGGGGGAUACCGCCCCAAGGACAUCUGCGUCUCGGCUCCCACGGGCAGUGGGAAAACCCUCUCCUUUGUCAUACCCAUAGUACAGGUUCUGCUGGACCGAGUCGUGUGCCAAGUACGAGCUCUGGUUUUGCUGCCCACCAAAGAGCUGGCACAGCAGGUGAGUAAAGUGUUCAACAUUUACACUGAUGGGACAGGUCUGAAGGUCGUUUUGAUUACUGGCCAGAAACCUUUUGCAAAGGAGCAGGAGAUGCUUAUCCAGAAAAAAGUGACAGGCUACUGCAGCCUGGCUGACAUCAUCGUGGCCACGCCAGGGCGGCUCACGGAUCACAUCAGCCAGACCCCAGGGUUCAGCCUGGCGCAGCUUCGCUUCCUGAUUGUUGAUGAAGCUGACCGUAUGAUCGAUGACAUGCACCAGAACUGUCUGAACCAAGUUGUCAAAGCUGCAUUCCAAGUAGAAAAUUGCUCUGGCUCCAAAAUGCUUUUUCAGAGGACCAAGCCAGGGCCUGUAACAGCAGCCAGCUCCUGCUCUCCUCAGAUACCCUUACAAAAACUGCUGUUUUCAGCCACCCUGACCCAGGACCCAGAGAAGCUGCAGCAGCUGGACUUAUUCCAGCCUCGCCUCUUCACAUCUGUCUAUUCUGAGAAAAAAACUCUUGGAGAUGGAGCAGAGGCUGAACAAGAUACUGACAAGAAAUACACACUCCCUGAGGGGCUCUCGCAAUGUUACGUGCCUUGUGAUCUGAAUUCCAAGCCUUUGCUCCUCUUGCAUUUCAUGCUGAUAAAGAAAUUUACCCGCGUGUUGUGCUUCACCAAUUCCAGGGAAGCUUCUCACAGAUUGUUCCUGCUGGUUAAAGCCUUUGGUGGAGUCACUGUGGCUGAGUUUUCUUCUCGGUUACCUCCAAAUGAGAGACGGAGAACCAUGAAGGAGUUUGAGCAAGGAAAAAUACAACUGUUAAUCAGCACAGAUGCCACUGCACGAGGGAUUGAUGUUCAAGAAGUGAAUUAUGUCAUCAACUACGAUGCGCCGCAGUUCAUCAGGACCUAUGUUCACCGAGUUGGAAGAACAGCUCGUGCAGGAAAAGUGGGUGUUGCUUUCAGCUUGGUCCUUAGAAUUCAGGAGCGCAGGUUUCUGCGGAUGCUGAGGGAUGCUGGCAUCCAGGACAUAAAAAAGCACCCAGUGAAGGGUAACUCGUUAAAGCCAUUGCUGCAGCAAUAUGAAGAAGCUCUGUGUAAGCUUGAGAAGACAGUCAAGAAUGAGCGAGCACAGAAACGAGCCUGA